UCCCCCUCGCCCUCGCCCUUUUGCAAGCCUGGCUCCUCGUCCUCGUCCUAUAUAUACACACACAUGCCUUGGCACCAUGACUACCACUACGACCACACGCAGCUUUAAUCGAUUGCUGCAUGAUACAGAAAGUUAAGGCAACCAUGAUCAAGCUGAGGUACUCCAAGAGGCUGUUCAAGAGGAGCUCUUGGUCGAAGGCGAGUACUGACGGCGGCCAUGGCAAUGCGGCCGGCGGUCUCGGCGGCGGCGGGGAGAUAGAGUGGGAGGUGAGACCGGGAGGGAUGCUGGUGCAGAAGAGGGACGGUGGGCGUGCGGAGGAGGUGAUCAUGGUGAGGGUGUCCACUGGAUUCUCAUGGCAUGAUGUCUCCAUUGGGGCCACACGCACUUUUGGGGAACUGAAGGUGAUGCUGUCCAUGGUGACCGGGCUGGAGCCGAGGGAGCAGAUGUUGUUGUUCAAGAGGAAGGAGAGGGAGGACACUGACCACCUCCACAUGGUUGGGGUGAGGGACAAGGACAAGGUCCUCCUUCUCGAGGACCCUGCCCUCAAGGAUAUGAAGCUCUGCAUGGCGAGAGCGGUCGCGGCACAGGUUGCGCAAAGCCCGCGUCAGCUUUUUAUCCAGGUGUAGGACACGGUCUGCCAUAUCGCCUCCCUAACUAGUAGAGCAGGAAUGGUUUUACUGUUUAUUUAUUUUCGUUGCGGAACACUAAUUUUCCAGAAGGUUUUAGUUC